UGUGAUUUAAAUAAAUUGAAAACUUCAUUGUUAUGGUUUAAAAACAUACUGGAAAAUGCCACGAAAAAAACCUUUUAGUAAUAAGCAGAAAAAGAAGCAAUUACAGGAGAAACGGGAAAAGAAACGGGUGAAAAACUUUGACGAAGAAAACAAGUCUUCAAACGGAAACUCAGCGGAUACAGAAGGCGAGGAAGAAUCGGAGAUAGGAGAGAAGUCACUCGACAAAAACACAGCAGCUGCUAAUAAACUUCACUAUCAACCGGUUUCUCAUCUUCAAGACAAAAACAGAAAACAUGACCCAAACAGAUAUCGUUUGCAGUUUGAUCGUGAAUCUAAGGGUGAAAUUGAAGCCAGAAAAAAGGCAGCACAAGAACCCCUGAAAUAUGUCUCAGAGGAACACCUGGAAGUUGGUCUUGAAACUACUUACAAGCCUGGAUCAGUGCUGGACAUGCCUAAAAGGCCACCUUGGAAAUACAGCAUGAGCAAGGAACAAGUGGAGAGAUCUGAGCGAGAAAUGUUUGAAAACUUCUUGGACAGGAUUUAUGAUGAAUAUAAGCUCUCUGAACUGAGUUACUUUGAACGUAACUUGGAGACCUGGAGACAGCUUUGGCGAGUGUUAGAAGUUUCAGACAUAGUUGUUCUUAUAACAGAUAUUCGACAUCCGGUUCUCCAUUUCCCUCCAACUGUGCACAAUCAUGUUGUGCAGGAUCUGAAGAAGGAAUUAGUGUUAGUCUUAAAUAAGAUUGAUCUUGUGCCUCCUGAGGUAGUGACAGCUUGGAAGCAGUACUUUAAAUCCAAGUUUGAACAUCUCAAAGUUGUGUGUUUUACAUCAUUUCCUAAGGAUGAGAAUGAGCGCAAGAAGGAUCCAAGCAAAGUUUUAUCAAAGCGUCGCCGUCGCAAGAGAGGUUUCUUUCCUGUUGGACCCAGGGUUCUUCUUGAAGCUUGUGAAAAUUUACGUGGAGAUAGAAUCGACCUUAGCAGCUGGGCGAGAAAACUCAGUGAACAAGAAAAAGGAGAGGAAGAAGGAAUUCUUUAUGAUGACUAUGGCAGUUCUGACGAGUCUGAAGAGGAGGAAGGCGGUAGUUUUGAAGAUGUAGAGCACAACGAGAAUAUCUUGACGUUAGGCUUAGUAGGGCAUCCAAAUGUUGGAAAAUCUUCUCUUCUUAAUGGCCUUGUUGGACACAAGGUUGUGAGCACAUCUCGUACGCCCGGUCACACCAAACACUUCCAGACCAUAUUUCUAACAGCAAAUGUCAGGCUGUGUGACUGUCCUGGAUUAGUAUUCCCCUCUGUUGUUGGAAAACAACUACAGAUACUGUCUGGAAUGUAUCCCAUCUCACAAGUACAAGAGCCCUACACUGCUGUGGGAUAUUUAGCUGCUAGAGUACUCCUAGUUGAUCUCUUGCAGUUGGUACACCCGUUGAAUAGAGCUGAUUCUGAUGACGAGGGAGGGGCCGUAGGGGAUGAAAACCACCCUUGGUCAGCUUGGGAUGUGUGUGAUGCCUGGGCCCAUAAAAGGGGUUUCCUGACAGCAAAGGCGGGUCGCACCGAUGUAUAUCGAGCAGCCAAUAGUCUCUUACGACUGGCGGUAGAUGGAAAGAUCGUGAUGUGUGUAUAUCCGCCAGGUUUCAUUUCAAAAAAAGCUGAAUGGCAGAAUCACCCCGAAACAAAGGAGAUUGCCCUUCUUCAAGAAAGACACUCGGAAAGCAGACGGUUACGGCAACAGGAAAAUGAAGCAGACGAAUUUUCAUCCCAUCUACUUGCUCCCCCAGGUAGGGGCAGGAGAAGUGAGAGACCAAGUAGUGACGGAGACGACGAACAGGAAGGGGAGGAAACUGACGUCGUCUCCUCUAAUCCAUUUGCCCUUUUAUCCGACGAGUGAAAUGACAAUUGGAAGGAAUUCAGGUCAUCGGCGUAAUGGAAGAGAGCCGAUUCAAUUAAGGUUGCCAGUAGCUUAAACUCGGAUGUUCGGCCAGCAGCUAAACCAGGUGUGUGCGUUACUCAUCGCUUGCCUCCACGGAGAACACGGAAAAUAAACGAAAGCAAAGAAAAAUCUGGAAGGAUACUAAUGUAACGCCGGCGAAUUUUGAUUCUUGGUUGUGGAAGGACUGAAGUGCGAAAGCUGCAGAUAAACUGAAAAGAGAGGAUUUCUUAAUUCAGUGCUGUGACUUUAAAAGAGCAGCUGGAGAACAUGUAAGGGAUGACUUAAGUCCCUCUAGAAACUUCAAUGUUGUGUAUACUUACACAUUGAAAUGAAUUGAUUUGUUCAAUCUCAAUACACCGUGAUUACGUUUUCGUCUUUAUCUCGUUGACGUUGAGCUGUUUUAACGUGAAAAUCAGAAAUGUAAAUAGCAAUGCAUGGAAAAUAAUUAUCAUAUCCUAUCAGGCUGUUAUUCAAUUUACAUGUCUGGAUAAAAAAAAAUAUUGAUUUCUUCUGCAAAAUGUUUCAGAGGAGAUGGAAGAGUUUUAUCUCUAGUAAAACCAGUUGAGACAAACAA